AUGUAUAAACCUCCUCCACUUAUGUUACAUGCAAGAAUGUUGCAGAAGAAGCGGUUGGGUAACCUAGAAAAGUUUGCUCGUAUGUUUUUUAUCGUCUUCACUCUUUUCGUUUAUUUUGCAUCUAAAUUGUCAAGAAGAAAUAAAUUUUUAGAAGAGGAGAAUUCUGUUCUUCUUGCAACGGAUGUAGCUGCACGUGGUUUGGAUAUUCAACAAAUUGAGCACGUAAUUCAUUACCAGCUGCCUAGAACUGCCGAGCUAUAUAUACAUCGAUGUGGUCGAACAGCGCGAGCAACGAAGGAGGGAUUAGCUAUUUUACUCAUUGAUCCUCAGGAUGUUUAUUAUUAUCACAGAAUAUGUAGAAAUUUGGAUAGAGGUUAUAAGUUAUCAAUUAUUUUACAGAUAAUAAUUCAAAUUCUAAUGCGCUCUUUGGUUAUAUCCUUUUUAAAAGCCUUUCAUGUAGCUGAAGCACUUUUUAUAUGAAU